CGCCCAGCCCAUGAGCACAUCCUCACUGCCUCCCCUCGUCUUCUCGCCCUUCCCUCCUCCAACCGUCGUCCACUACCCUCUCCCGGGGUGCGUGAAGCUCGUCCGUGCUGGUGGUCCCUGUUCUGUCUCCAUGCCUUCGUCAGCUCAACCCCUGUUCUGCUAGUUCCUGUCAGUCUUCGUCCUCUCCUUCAGUCACUGAUUCCAAAUGACCUUGGUUGCAGGGUAAAUAUAAUCCUCCGACACCCAUAAAAUCCCCAUUCACAGAGGAGAAUUCAAGCUUUGGCUUCUGAGUGGUUAUUUGGCUGAUUCUUUUGCUAUGGCUGCAAAGAUUCUUGCAAACCUAAUUGUGAUGGGCGGUGGUAUUUUGGCUAGGGCAUUUGUUCAAGCAUAUCGUCAAGCUCUUGCUAAUGCCUCAAAAAAUGGUGUUGCGCAAGAGACAAUACAGAAUACCAUUCGCAGAGCUAACAAAGUCAUGACAGAGCAAGAAGCUCGGCAGAUUCUUGGUGUUUCGGAGGAAACCCCCUGGGAAGAGAUUGUGAAGAGAUAUGACAAUUUGUUUGAAAGCAAUGCGAAGAGCGGAAGUUUCUAUCUUCAGUCAAAAGUUCAUCGGGCCAAGGAACGUCUAGAGGCUGUGCAUCAACAGAAUGGCCAGGGUACACCGACUUGAGGACCUUUGUCUUCCUUCCUUCCUUCCUUCCUUCUUUCUUUUUACACACCGCGCAACCUCAUGUCGAGAUGCUGAUUUAUAGAUAGUCUUUUGCCAGCUUGAUCUCUUGAACUUUAGCAUUAAGAGUCUUGCAUUUGCAUAGACAUUAGAUAUGGCUAAGGGCUCAAAAAAAAGUAUAUAUUAAGAAGGCUCAUGAGCCAAGUGCAGUUAGCAAUCUAACCGAUAAAAACAAUUAUCGGUUCUUCCAUCAUCCAAAGAAGAUGAUUGAUGUUGCUUCUAAUUAGUUCCAUAAAUGGCGGAAUUCUUUUUGGACUUUAUGAUCAAGACACAUGAGACUGAAUGCUAGCUGAGAAUAGCUUUUGAUUAAACAAAUUAAUAGGUAAAUCGACAUUACUUCUCAAA